AUGGGGUUGAAAAGCAGGAAACGGCACAUCAGCCACAUUUCAACUUUAGUCCCCAAAGCUGCGAAUGUACCUACCGCGCGCUCUGAAUCAGACCCCAAGCCAUUCAACAGUGACACCAGCUCGGACAUGCCGUGGACGAUGAAGAGUCCGAAGCAAGACAACAAACAUAUGUGUCAUGCUGUGAAGGAUCGGCAAGCAGCACGAGUGAGGCCAAAUCGUACGACGGCGAAACGCAGUCUCGCUUUUGCAAAUGCACGGGCAGCGUCCAAAGCCGCCAAGUCGUUUGACGCGACACGCGAAGCGAAGGAGCUGAGGCCGAACGAGUCAGCAACAGAAACGAAUAAGAAGAAGACAAAGAAGACGAAGAAGAGAAAGCGAUUGGAGAAAGCCGAUGGUGCCGCGGCUACCGAUACUGCUACGACGACCAUUGCUGAUGACGCCAACGACAAUACAACGAACAGUCUGACAAAGAACAGCAGCUCGGACACAGUCGAGGUUCCUUUGUCAACCCGGGGUUCCACUGCCGCCGACGACGCUUCGGUGUCAGCAUCGGCCAACGACACCGAGAACGAGCUGGACAAGCGUCUGCGCCUGGCGGCCCACAACGCCAGCCGGUUAGAGCGCCAGGCCUAUCUCAAGGAGCAGCAGAAGUUGAAGGGAAAAGACGAGGAGAAGGAUCAGCAGGCCCUAUUUCUUAAACGGCAGAAAGAGCAUGAGCUGAUGGCUUUUACGCCCAAGACGCCGCUCUGCCUGCCGCCGCGGUCGAGCCCAUACUCGCCCGGCCCCAGAUGUCGCCUGCCCUACCCGACCAAGAAGUAUCGCGGCACGCCCGUCACGAAGAACACGAACGGAACUAUGGAAAAGGCGGGCGCCACACACCCAGCGGGAGGCCCGGUUGUGGAAAACCCAUACGGCACCGGAGGUUGGGGACCGGGAUACAGCAGCGAUGUCGAGGACGGCGGUGACGACGUCGGCCACGCCGAUAACUAG